UUAAGAUACUGGACUUCACGAUUCAGCCUUGUGAACUACCCACUUUCCAAUUCGACAUCUUCGCCCUCGAAUCGAGCUUCCCUCCACCGAAUCGAGUUCCUCCAUCCAAAUCGAGCUCAUUGCCGCCGGAUCGAGGUCUGCGUGGAUCGAGCUCGAGCUUUGGAGAAGGAGAGGAAACGGGGGACGGGCACGGGGGGAGCAAGGCAACCAAACGGGUGGAGGGAAACACGCCAAACAGGCUCCUCGAUCGUUCCGGGCUCGGGCUGCCACCCGCCAUUCGGUGUCCCCUCCUUGACAGGUGCCCGAGCCGCGCCGAGCUCCAGCCUCAUUUCCACGGUCCGCGCCGGCACUCUUCCCUCUCCCGAUCGUCCUCCUCGUCGCCUGCCGCCUCUUCCUUCUUCCCACUCCACUAGCUUCAGGUUGGACUGCACAACGUGGAGCGGAGAUCUAUCCGAACACGGGAUUGAUUCAUCUGGUGGUGUUACAACAUAGGGUUUUUGAUAUAGCAAUGGGAUUACUCAUGUAUAAAUGAACAAAGUUUGGAGACAGUUGGACCUGACAAUUGCCACUUUUUACAUGUUUUAACUCAUUUUUUUUCUGGGAAACAAGUAAUUCUGAAGUUACCUUGGAAGUCCUUUGCGCUUUUGACUGGUCGGGUUGCAUAGGCCAUUGUUGAGAGGUGAUUUGGCCUAAGAAUGGGGGCUCCAAAACAAAGGUGGACUUCUGAGGAAGAGGCUGCUCUUAGAGCUGGAAUAGCAAGGCAUGGAGUUGGAAAAUGGCGCACAAUAUUGAAAGAUCCAGAAUUUAGUUCCACCUUAUGCUACCGCUCAAAUGUUGAUCUCAAGGACAAGUGGCGAAACAUGAAUGUGAUUGUCAGUACAUCGAGUUCUCGUGACAAGGCGAAGUCUGCAUUGAAGAGAAUACGAACUAUUCCCAAGAAUAAUGAGCACACCAUGGCAAUUACCAGAGUUACUUCUGAUAUUGAUGAUGAGAUUGUUGACGAAAAGCCUAUAGUAUCAUUGCCUAGUGAAGCAAAGAACACAUCAAGUUCGAAGAAAUCUCACAGGCUAGAUAAUAUUAUAAUGGAGGCUAUAAAGAACUUAAAUGAGCCUACGGGAUCACACAGAACUACUAUUGCUAAUUACAUAGAGGAGCAAUAUUGGCCACCUAGUGAUUUUGAUCACUUACUAUCUGCAAAACUGAAGGACUUGUCCACCAGUGGCAAAUUGAUAAAGGUGAACCGGAAGUACAGAAUAGCACCUAGUUCACCCAAUUCAGAGCGCCGAAGCCCCAAAAUGCCACUGUUGGAAGAUGUCCAAAGAGAGCCUGUCAAGAUAUGGAGUGAUGAUACUAAAACCCUUACCAGAUCUCAAGUUGAUGCUGAAUUGGCACGUAUGGCAACCAUGACUGCUGAGGAAGCUUCAGUGGCAGCGGCUCGAGCAGUUGCUGAAGCAGAGGCCAUCAUGGCAGAAGCUGAAGCUGCAGCGAAAGAGGCAGAGGCUGCAGAAGCAGAAGCCCAAGCCGCACAAGCAUUUGCUGAAGCAGCGUUUUUGACAUUGAAGAACAGAAAUGCUGGAAAAUUGGUAAUAGCUCUAAUUCAUGCAUCCCUUUGUUACAUACUACCAUGUUUUAUAUCCUAUCACAUUUAGAACCAGGUUUUAUAACCCCUUAUGCAACUGAUUGGUUAGUUUUGUAUACUGCAAAAACAAAAUCCCAUCAUGAGCACGUUUGCUUAGUCUAUCCCCCCACCCCCAUGAAGGUAGUGAUUUCCAAAGGCACCCUUAUGCCAACAAUAGCGUCUGCUGCAACAGCAAAGCUUUUAGUCCCAAGAAACUAUAGAGUAGGAAACUCAGUGAGAGCCACAGAUAAAGUUGAUAGAAUAGUAAUAAGUAGCAGGUAUCAUAAUAGUAAAGGUCAUUAUGACAAGUUGUGAAAAGAAUUAUACACUCUAACGAAUAUUUUUUUGACAUGGUCAUUAUUGUUCUGGGACUAUAUCAUUCUUGGUAUUUAAGAUUAUUUUUUUGACAAUGGAAAAAAACUUUGGACUAAUGGAUUCUUGAGUUUCUAGAAGCAAACAAAAAAACCAACUUGUUUUUGAUGAGUUGCAAGCUAAGAUCUCUUUUGCACUCUGUAACUAAGUGAAAUCUCAGCAGCAUUAAGUUAUGAUUGUAACCUGGAAGUACUAGAUAACUCCCUGUGGAUUUCUUUGACUUGAAAAAAGGAUGUGUGCAUACAGAGUUUUUUUUUCAGAGCGCAGGAGAGCUGUGCAUCAUUUAAUUAGAGAAUAAAAGAUCCAAAAUGGAUCAGGUACAAGGUAAAAACACACGCACGCACACACUAUCCUUCAGCCAAGCUUCAGCCUCCACUUUCAGCCUCCACUAGAACAGAGGAAGCCGCAGCGAGAAAAAACUGCAGGGGACUCCACAUCCACAAAAUUAUGCCAUGGUCAUACAGAGUUUGAUUAGCGAUCAUAACUGCUGUAGACCUGUAGCAUUCUAUUUCCUCACGGAUAGAUUAUAUAUGGUAGCAAACAUUGUAUAUCCAUAUUUGUUUUCCAUUUUCUUUGAGGUUAAAACAUCCCACUUUGAAACUGCUCUUGAGGAAAAUAUGAUGAACUACUCGCAUCUUGGUGUGUACAUCUGGACAAAACAACAGUUUCUGAAAUUUACCAAAGGAACUUGAUUUGA